AUGGAUACCUCUCUACACAUUGCCGGCGCACAAAAACACCGGUUAGAGACUGAAAUUGUUAGACUCUCUCGAGAAUUAGAGAAAUAUCGGAAGCGGAAUAUUGGCCAUGGAAGGUCCAUGACCGACGCUGCACAGCAGACCAAAGAGGAGCCACCGCGAAUGACAACAGUGGCUACCCAAACAGAUUUUGUGGAUCAGAACAAUACGGAAAAUAAACCCAUAGAGUCAGAAAAUCAGGCAGCUCCUCCUCAACUACCGAAGGUUGUGAUGACCGACGCUGCAGUUCAAGCUGCAGAACAGCUUGAUGAGCACACACUCUCUGAGCAGCUAUCUGACCAAAACACCAAAGUCUCUGGGUUACUGGAGGUAUCAAUACAAGAGUCGAGAGAAGAAAGGCUUGACUGGGAACUUGAUGUGUGCGACAUACAGAAAGCUUCUGUACAGGGCAGCUCUUCACAGACUGAAGCUUCAAAGGGCAAGGAAAUCGCGUGUCCAACGACGGUGGCACAUAACGGCCAACGUUCCAUGACACUCGGCAUCUGGCCGCCGCAACCGCUAGCUUCUAAUAUUUCUCAAGAAAAUAGUAUCGUUAGGUUGCAGUGGGAAAAUGAGCGACUUCGGAAGGAAAACCAAAGGUUGAGAAACGCUCUCGAGCAACAUCAAAACGAAAACAGCCGCCCAGAGGGACCAGAGAGCCAGAAUAGUAACGCAAGCUCAGAAGAAGCACAAGUCAGUAAUACAGACAACAGAGCCGAAAUUCAAGACGCCGAUGUCGAGAUGAGAGGUAUCACGGUAGGACAAGUUUCAGCCGCACAACUAAACAUCGAGGCCCUUGUGGUGCCAGCCAUACCUCCAGAAACAUCAGAAGCAGGAGAAAUCCUGCAGUUCAAUCUACAGCGUUUUUUGAGCAGCAUCAAUCGAGACCGAAUAGCGAGCAGUGAUGACGCUAAACGCCGACGAGAUAGUCAACGACACGAGCGGCGAAGACAACGAGAGCAGUGGAGAAUAGAACGAGAUGAAGAAGCUCGGCAACAGCAACGGGAGAGGUCACAAAGAGAGGAAGAUGCUCGACGACAUCAGCAGAGGAGGUUACGAAGAGAAAGAGAAACCCAACGAACUCACAAACACCACAAGCAAUCUCUCAAGACGGUGACGCCCACCUCGAGGGAUUUUCCCGAUCCAGACACUGCUCCUCAUCCUUUUCGCUUUCUUAUUGGAUCAUUCAGGGCACCACCGUGUACCACUCUCACUCCUGUUGCUGUUGCUGUUGCAAAAUAUCUAGCAAUGAACAAUGAUGAUACCGUUAUCAUGCUCAUCAGUGUCUUCCGUCACACCCAAAGCCGCUAA